UACGAUUAUUACUUGAACGCAUCAUGACACUGGCAACUAGCCUAGCCGGCUAACUUGGCUAAUCUGAUGUAUCGUCUCGGUUAAACGCACGUAACGUUAGCCCACAGGGGAUUACCAUAUUUCGUUUUCCAUAUCCAGUGUUUAACGCAAAAACUACCUGAAAUUAAAUAGCCACUAGUUUCAAGAAUGGCAUCGCUUGGGGAGCCCGUGCGGUUGGAAAGAGAUAUUAACCGUGCUGUCGAACUGCUUGAUAAGCUCCAAAGGACGGGGGAAGUGCCUCCCGGGAAACUGCAGGCGCUGCAGAGGGUCUUACAGAGUGAAUUCUGUAACGCUGUCAGAGAAGUUUAUGAGCAUGUGUAUGAAACGGUGGACAUCAACAGCAGCCCUGAGGUCAGGGCCAACGCCACAGCUAAGGCAACUGUGGCAGCUUUUGCAGCGAGUGAGGGACACUCGCAUCCACGUGUCGUGGAACUGCCCAAAACAGAAGAAGGCCUGGGUUUCAAUAUAAUGGGUGGAAAGGAGCAAAACUCACCUAUCUAUAUCUCGCGGAUCAUCCCAGGAGGCAUCGCUGACCGACAUGGAGGCCUGAAGAGAGGCGACCAGCUUCUCUCUGUCAAUGGGGUGAGUGUGGAAGGUGAGCACCACGAGAAAGCUGUGGAACUCCUCAAAGCAGCUCAGAGCUCAGUGAAGCUGGUAGUAAGGUACACCCCCAAAGUCCUCGAGGAGAUGGAGUCACGCUUUGAGAAAAUGAGGUCGGCGAAGCGCCGGCAACAGAACAACUACCCCCAGUAGGAUUUAUCUGUGUUGAUGCCCAGCUCCCAUGUCUCUCCUCCUCUAGCCUUCUGGCCAUGUAUUCUGGUCUCUCUUUUUUUUUUUAUCUCCCUGCCCCAAAAAAUGCUUCACACACACACACACACUCAAGUUUUUAGUUUCAGUUCCUACUCACAUAUACUGUACAUCGUGCUUCUUCUCUUUUCUGCAGCAUUUUUUAAUAUUUGCCAUUGUUACACUGGACACUACAGCUCUAGACAAACGUAAUAAUGAUCAUGAUUGUCAGUAUAAGUGGUCACUCACACGUGUGCAUUAUUUUUGAAUUGACAAUUUGAAUGCAACUCUGAAUGCUUUUGAGACCAACUACACAAUUCCUUUAAAUGGAAAGGUAGUGUUUUUAAUUCUUUUAUCACAGCCACUACCAAGUGCCUCAGGGCAAGCAUGUUUAUCUUAUGUACUGUGUUCACCGUUAUGUUUUUACUUUUAAUGGUUUAAAGUCAAGUACUGGUAAUUAAAUGCUUGUGGCAGGAAUUACUAAAUCCUUUGCAUCUGUUAUUUUCAAAGAUUCAAAUUUAUAUAAAUACAUGGGGGCAUUUGUAGAAACCCUUUAAUUGUGCAAACUCGGAAAAGGUGCCGUUUUAUUUUUAUUGCCGCUCUACGGGCAAUGUCCGGAGAAGGGAAGCUUUGGAGGAGUUGAUGAAUGUUUUAAUUAGUUAAAAAGAAACAGCUGUAUGCUGGAUAAUAAGGGAAACCACUGAAAGGACACUUCAAAACAAAAAUGAUGGAUUAUCUAUUUUUCUCUGGGCAUACAUUUAUAGAUUUCUAACGUCACAGCACACUAUAAAUAGCUCAGCACGCACUGUAAGUGAUGUAAUGGGGUCUCGGCAACUUUUGAACUAAAUUGCUGCCGCCACAGACUCCCAUUUCUACUUUUAAUAAAGUAAUAAACCUUCAUAAGCAAAUACUUGCUGUCAGCAUGACAUGAGAUAAAAAGCUGUUCAGCUUCUGUUUAAUUUGUCUUGACAUAAAUCAGGAAUGUACUAUAUGUCAUGUUCUUCUUUUUACCAGCUACAGUAGUCAGUUACUGAACAUCUGUCUUUGGAAUAUCAAACAAUCUCUGUGGUCACAGUAAUGCCUAAUGUGAGCUGAUGAUAUACGGCUUCUUCAUAUUCAGACUUUACACCGUGUUUAAGGGAUUAUGCUGUAAAUCUGCUUCAUUGGCAUAUUUUAUUUUUCUGUCAGUUUGUUUAACAACGUCUUGCAGAACAAAAGUGUUUCUUAAAUGAAACAUUCACUUCAUUUGAACAUUUUCUUUUUAUCCUGAUAGUUGUUGACAUGUUUAACUGGUGCUGGGAUAAGACUAAAAACAGGAGUACACCCAUACUUUUAAUAACUUAUUAAUACGUUAAAACUGUUUCUGACCUGCAUGUCACUGCAGACUUAUUUACGUAUCUUUUUGUCGUUAUUCUUUUAUCAUCACUAGCCGUUGUCUUUGCUCCAUUAAAGCCAACACUUUAAUGGCACCUAUGUACUUUGUAUGUAAUAUACAAACUGCACAAUAUUCUAACAAUGAGAAUGAUAUGACAUUUUGUUACUGAAUACUGCCAAACAUUCAACUUCCUGACAGGCAGGUUUAAGCAGGCUAAUGUCAAAACGGUGUGAAUGUCCCCCAACAUGCUGAAUAUGUAGACCGUCCUCCCAUACUUUUAUAGUUUUAAAGUGUUUGCUGAGUGCAUGUUUAGCUGUAAUAUGGAUGUUCCUUAUUAUGAAGUGGAAUAUUAAUGCUUUUAAAAAACCUUUCCUCAUGGAGAAGCUCAAAUCCUACACUUAUGUCUACAUGCAACAUGUCAAUCAAACAAGUCUGCAAGUCAUGGUUUUCUUUUAAGCAUUUUAUUAUUCAAACAAAAAUGAGACUUUUCUUGCUUUCCCAGCGAGGGUCAAACUAAUAAGCUUCAGUAUAAAUGGCUGUUAGAGGAACAACAAAAUAUGUGCGUCUCAGGAUCAACGCAUCACAUCAUUGAGACAGGAAGGUAGUGAAGAUAUAUUUGAUGUGUGUCACUGAAGUAGGGUUGGAUGGAUGGUGGAUAAAGUAACAGAAACGCAUGCAAUGUAUGGAAGCAGGAACAUGUUGCCUUCAGUGUAGCCUCAGUCUCUUUGAACCAUUCCUCAGAAAUUAAUUCCUUUUUAAUGCAGUUUAGUGUUAAAUGGGUUUCCAGUUAAGUCGUGACCGACAUGACAUUAUUGUGCUGAUUAGAUAGUUCAGCAGUUCACCGAUUGCCUGUGUAGCUGAGUGUUAAGUUAUCCACCAUCUAUUAACAUACAGUAAGGGAACUAAAUAAUAAUUAUAAUAGUUGGAACUAAAAUGGCUGUUUGCUGAAGUUAACUUCAGAGCAAACAAAUCACUUUUUUUUUUCUUUUGUUUGUUACAGUCGCUACAUAAUGUCCAUUGUUAAAUGUCAGGUUUUAUCUUCACUGGAGUUAGUGGGAGGCAUCUUUGCCAGAUUGUACAUUACUUUAAUAUUGCAAGACAAAAGUGAUGAUACACACAGAUCACAUAGCCCGUUAUAUUGUAGUGGGUGUGCUCCCUGUAAUCCAUUGCUCCUUGAAGAAAAAUGCCAAAUUUUGGAACAAUAAAAUAAAUCAAACGCGCUGCAAAAAAUGGAUGCAAAAUCAAUUAUCUAUGCAAAGUCAUUUAACAAACUUUGGAAAUAUCCUGUAAUGGUGCAAAAUAGUUGUCAUUUUACUGCAGAAUGUUAUUGGACAUCACUGAUUUAAGGCUGUGUGGACAAAUGUCUCCGUUUGGGAACGCUGCACUCAGACACAUUGGAGUUAAAUUAUCUUAUGAGACAUUUACAAUGUUUAACUUUCUCACAUUGAUCAUCAAAGUAGUUGCAGUGAAAGUCUCCAUUUGACAUUAGCCUCGCUGUCUAAUUAACGAUGGUCGGGAUGUGAACGUGUGGUUAGCAAUAGACCAUUCCAUAGGCUACUGUGAGCAUACUUUAGUUUCAAGGCAGAGAGUCUGAGUGUACAUAGAAGUUCGAAAUGUCUUAAUAUAAUGUAUUGAUUGUUUUAUUCAACACUAGCUAGCUAGAUCCACUGCUUACACACAUGAAUAGUAAAUCAGGAAAACAUGUAAUGAGACUUGGUAUUGAUACUGCACAGUCACACUCACCACUGAAUGUCACUGACCAUUGUCUAACUUGGUUGCAAACGUUUGUGAAGUACCUUUCAAGUUUCUACCAGUUUCCCUUGUCUAUAUAUUGGAAUGGUCAAUAGAGUAUUUUUUAUAAUAGCUUUCUUUUGAUAUUUUUCUCAAGUUUUAUAAGUGAUUUUCCUAAAAAACAAAUACCAGGAAUAAUGGGUACUUCCAUUUUGACUACAGUGUACCAGGGCCAUGUCAGCAAAGUGUCUCUUAAAGCAGCGCUGCUGUUGGACCGAGGUCUCCUGACGGUGUGAACGUUGGAGAUGAACUGUCCUACAUCAGCCCCUCUUUUCUGAGGUCUGAACUGAUUUGUCUUUUCUUUCUAGUACCAAGACCAAACUUGCAACAUUUGUGAAAACUUUGAUAAUGUUUUGAAAUAAUUGAGUCUGUGCUUGUUUAGGAGUAUUACCUGUAGGCUAUGUUGUGUUAUUCUGUGUUCUGGUUUCUUACCCAGUUUACUGUGUUACAUUGAUGUGGAAUGUACAAUGUUGUGAUGUAGAAUAAAAUAACAGUUGGACUAAAGACUAAAUAAACUGCUUAAAUAUUUGA